AGUCAAUCUUUCAAAGUGCAAUUUGUCUAGGAAAAGCCAAUGCGAGGCCCGUGUGCCCCGACCAAUGGUGGCUCGGCUCCGGCGGCUCAGCCAGUCUCGGGCCUGUAUUCUAAUGGGCCGUAUCUUUAUCAGGGAAAUGUUCGUUCUCUGAACUUAAAACUUCUCAUGUAGGGUCCCCAGACUCAGAGGCAGAAAGGGGGUCUGAGCUGAGGCGUAGGGGGCCACCCCGUCCAGCCAGGGCAAGGAGAGAGGCCAGGAGCCCUGGGGAGGCCUCCCACCUGCCCCAAGCACCUGACUUCCUAGCAGCUGACCCGGUGCGGGUGCCUGGGCCAGGGCCUGGCCGAGGCCUUAGGUGGGAGGCAGUCAGGGGCUCAGAGCUGGUCCUGACCCGCCAGGCCUGCCAUGAGAUUUGGGGCUAGAGUGUGGGCUCUUGGGUUUUAGGGGCCUGGAGAAGCCUUCCCUGUCCUGACUGGGAGAUCAUGGAGUCCAACCUGCAGGGGACGUUCCUGCUGAACAACACGCCGCUGGCUCAGUUUCCGGAGAUGAAGGCCCCUGUGUGCCAGUACUCAGUGCAGAACUCCUUCUACAAGCUCAGCUCCCCGGGGCUGGGCCCCCAGCUGGCCGCGGGGACCCCCCACGGGAUCACGGACAUCCUGAGCAGGCCCGUGGCUGCACCGAACAGCAGCCUCCUCUCCGGCUACUCCCACGUGGCAGGCUUCGGGGGGCUCAGCUCGCAGGGGGUGUACUACAGCCCCCAGGUAGGAAAUUUUUCCAAGGCUGGGAACGAGUACCCCACCCGGACCCGGAACUGCUGGGCGGACACGGGCCAGGACUGGCGAGGCAGUCGGCAGUGCAGCAACACCCCAGAUCCCCUGAGUGAGAGCAUACACAAGAAGAAGCACACCCGGCCCACCUUCACGGGGCACCAGAUCUUUGCCCUGGAGAAAACCUUUGAGCAGACCAAGUACUUGGCUGGCCCUGAGAGGGCGCGGCUGGCAUACUCCCUGGGCAUGACUGAAUCGCAGGUCAAGGUGUGGUUCCAGAACCGCAGGACCAAGUGGCGAAAGAAGAGCGCCCUGGAACCCUCGUCCUCCACGCCCCGGGCCCCGGGCGGCGCAAGCGCAGGCGGGGACCGCGCACCCUCGGAGAACGAGGACGACGAGUACAACAAGCCGCUGGACCCUGACUCGGACGACGAGAAGAUCCGCCUGCUGCUGCGCAAGCACCGCGCCGCCUUCUCGGUGCUCAGCCUGGGAGCGCACAGCGUCUGACGCCCGCCGUCCAGGCCCGGGAUUCUGGCUGCAGCCCGCGGGGGAAUGCCGAGGAGCCUACCUUCCCCUCCCCUUCCCCACGCUGCUGGGGGCUCAGGGACUGAGUCUUCUGAUGAGGAGCGCAUGGAGGAGGUGGAGGAGGAGCGGCAGGUGCAGGGGAGGAGGCGGAAGAAGAGGAGGGGAGGCGGGAGGGGAGGAAGAAAAGGAGGGAAAGGGGACAGGCAUCCUAGCUAAGGGAGGAGGAGGCCAAGAGGGAGGCACAGCACUCCUGAGACCUGGAAGCCGCUGCCCCUUGCACCUCCGCGGGCUUCGCCUGCCACUUCUGCAGAUUCACAAGUGGACAGAGGACUAAAAUGACCAGGCUCUGCAGCCAGUGGGGUCCCAGACAUGCCACUGUGAUCCAACUUUUGUGGGGGUGGGGGGCAGGACAUCCCAGGAAGGAAGGCAGCUGGCUGGGGAGUCAGAAGACCAGAGUCUUGGGCCCCAAGCCAGCUGCUGGCUGCAGAAGAAAAGACAGGUGAGUGGCCAGGUGCACUCCUCAGACCUGUGCACAGGACGGAUCCCACUGGAGGGGCCAGAGUUGAGCACCUAAUCCAGGCUGCAGGAAUCUGCCUCCAGGAGGGGAAGUGGGACAUCCCAGUGAAGAAUAAACGCCCCUGACACUCCAGAAUGAUGGCCCCUGAGCUGCGGAAAUCCCCUUGGCCUCCUUUCUCCGAUUUACCCUCAGGGUCAAUACCUCUGAGACCGGAAGACUUGGAAAAUCCCUGACAACCGGGAAAAGGGGAGGGUGCAGGGAGAAGUGAGGAGGGGACAGUGUACCCAAGGGCUGCCCACCUGGGCAUCAUUUGGUGCAGAUAUAAGGACAGGCCCACCCAGAGAGAAGGAGCAUCCCAUCUGGGGAGGAAAGGAAGGGCUGGGAACAGUAUCCCUCCAACAAGGCAGGAAAGGAGAAGGAGAGCCCCUCCAGCUGGGUGAAGGAUGCCAGGGAGGGGCUGAACCACGGCCUGCUGGGAAUCAUGGCCCUUCCUUUCCUCGGACAAUCUUGCGGUCUGGCACUGGAGCUGGUGCUGACAGGGACGCUGGGCAACAGAGUGGUAUUUUUCACCCAGGUGAUCUGAGUUGCCGGCAGGUAGGGGGUGGGCUGGGGGAGGCGGGUGGGGACUGGUGGUAGAAGAAUGCAGCCCAGAAGGGACUGAGCACUUGCCCAUCCUUGCUGGCUUUCAAAAAAUAAACAGUAAAAAUAAAAGUCCCAUGAACCUUA